UCGUAUUAGGAAGGUGCAUUGGCUGGGCAAGCUCCCGGAAGAAAGCGCCCCGGGCUGCUGCUGUAGCCGAGGGAGCUCUGAGCUGCAGCCCGCGCGCCAGGGGAGCCGAGGAGGUGGGGCCAGGGGCGACCGCCGGACCGCUCGCUCCCCUCUCCCGUCGCGUGCGCGCGUGCGCGCGUGCGCGCGAACUCCAGCUGGAGGAGGUCGCCGAGGAGGAUGGUCAGGCUUGACUAGGCUACCGAGGCCCUCAAGCCUUCCACGUGCUGAGGACUCUGUAGCGGCCAUGGGCUACCAGGCACAGGGGCCCGUCAUCCCGCAGCAGAGCAAUCUAGAUGACAGAGAAACCCUCGUUUCUGAACAGAAGCACAAAGGGAAAACUUAUCACCAGUUCACAGCUGUUUUUAAUGUUGUCAACUCGAUUAUAGGAUCUGGUAUAAUAGGAUUGCCUUAUUCAAUGAAGCAAGCUGGUUUUCCUCUGGGAAUACUACUUUUAUUCGGGGUUUCAUAUGUUACAGACUUUUCCCUUGUUUUACUGAUAAAAGGAGGGGCCCUCUCUGGAACAGACACUUACCAAUCUUUGGUCAAUAAAACCUUCGGCUUUCCAGGAUAUCUCCUCCUCUCUGUUCUUCAGUUUUUUUAUCCUUUUAUUGCUAUGAUAAGUUACAACAUAAUAACUGGAGAUACUUUGAGCAAAGUCUUCCAAAGAAUUCCAGGAGUUGACCCUGAAAACUUGCUUAUUGGUCGCCACUUCAUUAUUGUGCUUUCCACGGCUGCCUUUGCUCUGCCUUUGUCCUUGUAUCGAGAUAUAUCGAAGCUUGGAAAGAUCUCUUUUCUUUCUACAGUUUUAACAACGCUGAUUCUUGGAAUUGUAAUGGCAAGGGUAGUCUCAUUGGGUCCAUAUAUACCAAAAACAGAAGAUGCUUGGGUAUUUGCAAAGCCCAGUGCCAUUCAGGCUCUUGGUGUGAUGUCAUUCGCAUUCAUUUGCCACCAUAACUGCUUCUUAGUUUAUGGUUCUUUGGAAGACCCCACAGUAGCUAAGUGGUCCCGCAUCAUCCACAUGUCCACCUUGGCUUCUGUACUCAUCAGUACUCUCUUUGCUACAUGUGGAUACUUGACCUUUACUGGCUUCACCCAAGGAGACUUAUUUGAAAACUAUUGCAGAAAUGAUGAUUUGGUAACAUUCGGAAGGUUCUGUUAUGCAGUCACUGUCAUUUUAACGUACCCUAUUGAAUGCUUUGUGACUAGAGAGGUAAUUACCAAUGUGUUUUUUGGUGGGAAUCUUUCGUUGGUCUUCCACAUUAUUGUAACAGUGGUUAUCAUUACUGUAGCCAUGCUUAUAUCAUUGCUGAUUGAUUGUCUUGGAAAAGUUUUAGAACUCAAUGGUGUGCUCUGUGCUGCUCCACUAAUUUUUAUCAUUCCAUCAGCAUGCUAUCUGAAACUGUCUGAAGAACCGAGGACACACUCAGAUAAGAUUAUGUCCUGUGUCAUGCUUCCUGUCGGUGUUAUGGUGAUGGUUACUGGACUCCUCAUGGCCAUCACAAAUCCUCAAGACUGCACCCAUGGGCAGGAAAUGUUCUACUGCUUUCCUGACAAUCUCUCCCUCACAAACAUCUCAGUUUCUCAUCUUCAACUGACAACACAACUUUCAGUUUUAAACAGCAGUAUCUUUCAAUGA